UGAUUAGAAGAAGAAUGAGAUGUCCGGCUCCGGCUCCGGCUCCGGCAGCCUCAACAGGCAUGUCUUGACAAUCCUCGACAAAUGCAGUAACCUCGACCAUCUCAGGCAACUUCAAGCCCAUCUCACCGCACUCGGCCAUGCCCGCACACAUUUCUACGCCUUCAAGCUCAUUCGUUUCUGCACUACUCGCCUUCGCAAUCUUGCUUACGCACGCCGAAUAUUCGACAAUUUCGCCUCGCCCAACAUUUAUAUUUACACUGCAAUUGUUCGCGCCUACACCCAAGUACCCGAUCACCAAUCGGCUUUACUACUAUUCCGGGACAUGGUCCGCGAAAAUCGGUCCAAGCCGAACCAUUUUAUGUUUUCGAUUAUCUUGACAUCCUGGCCAGAGUUUGAUACGCGUUACGGGGUGCAACUGGUACAAGCCCAGAUAGUGAAGACUGGUUAUGGUGGGAACCCGGUGGUGCAGACUGCGAUGUUGGACGCCUACUCUCGCUGGGGGGGCCACAUCCUUGCUGCAAGGAAGGUGUUCGAUGAAAUGUCUGAGAAGAAUGUGGUAUCCUGGACUGCCAUGAUUUCGGGGUAUACUAGAGCAGGGCAAAUGGGGGAUGCGGUUGCGCUUUUUGAUGAUAUGCCAAAGGGUGUUAGGGACACACCUGUUUGGAAUUGUGUUAUUGCAGGUUGUGUGCAAAAUGGGCUAUUCUCAGAGAGUGUUGAGUUUCUUAGGAGGAUGGUUGUCGAGGAGGGAAUGAAUAAUAAGCCAAAUCAGGGAACUAUUGUCUGCGUGCUUUCUGCUCUGGGCCAUGGUGGGUUGCUGCAGAUUGGCAAAUGUACCCAUGGUUACAUAUAUAGGAGUGGACUGAGUUCAGAUUUGUUUGUUGUGAACGGGUUGAUUGAUAUGUACGGGAAAUGUGGGAGUUUGGAAAAAUCAACUAGUGUUUUUGAGUUAGCUGUAGAGAAAAAUUCAAUGUGUUGGAAUUCUUUGAUAAAUUGUUACGCUGUUAAUGGUCGAACUCGUGACGCUAUUCGUAUUUUUGAAGAAAUGCGGGAUGGGGAUGAAGUGGAGCCGGAUGGAGUGACAUUAGUGGGGCUGUUGAAUGCUUGUAGUCACGGAGGGCUGGUGAAGGAGGGGCGCCAUUAUUUUGAUAUGAUGAUUAAGGAGUAUGGAAUAGAGGCUGAGAUUGAGCAUUACGGGUGCUUGAUAGACCUGCUGGGGCGAGCAGGGCUGUUUGAAGAAGCUCUGCAAGUGGUGCAGGAGAUGAGAGUUCCGGCUGACGAGGUUGUGUGGGGGUCGCUGCUCAAUGGGUGUAAGAUUCACCGGCGUGCGGAUCUGGCUGAAUUAGCCCUGAAGAAACUCGGCGAGAUCGAUCGUAAUUCUAAUAAUGGGGGUGGUUAUAGCGCAACAGUGGCUAAUUUAUACGGUGAAAUUGGGCAUUGGGAGGAGGCACAUAAGUUGAGGAAGAAGACAUUGCAGAGAGAAGGUGAGGAGGAUUGUGGUUAUAAGUAUAAACCACCUGGGUUUAGCUGGAUAGAAUAGAUGUUGAUAAGAAAGACCAUAUACAAAUCCCGUAAGAGAUGACCUGGGGGGUUAUGGGUUCAAACCCGACGCCUCCAGGUCCAUCUGUCACGCAUGGUUCGUCUAGUAUGACUUGCCUUGUCGAAUCUAGUUUACGGGGUAUUACAUUCUUCUGACGGUUUAGCCCGUGCACAUUUUCGGGUAGCGGCGGAUUCCUUCGUUAUUUUAGAGGGCAUCUCACUUCCCCUAAAGCCAUUUUUAUCCUAGGGCUGAAAAUUUGGUACAUAAUAGAGCAUCUAUUGAGGCUGAUGCAACAAGAAAGCUUGGACUUCUAUUUUUGGGGAGAUUCAACUUGGUAUCUUGAGUCAUGAUUUUGUUUUGGGAAAAGCUUUGCUAGUCACCCGAUAUCAUAUAACUGUAUAAUUGCAUUGAUUCAACUGUCCGGCCGCUACUGUUUUCACCCAGGAAGUAAGAGGCUGCCAGGCAGAGCAUUUCAACCUUGCUGAACACGUUACUCUUGAACCCUCGAGCCGUGAUCAUGCUUGGGUUGUUGGUGGCUAUCGUAUGCCUAAAAAAU